CUUCAGCACACCUGGGUCAGCCCGUUUCUUCUCUGUAAAUUCUUUCACCCAACCCGUCCGGCAUCAUGGCGUUUUCCUUUUCCUCUUGGUUUGCCCACGAAAUCAUGAGUUUCUUUGAAUGGGUGGCAACAAAACCUCAAGCCAUUUAUCGUGUACUAUUUCCGUCUUGUCCCAAUGUCUUUCUUUCUUUCUUGACUUCACUUCUAUUUUACCGAGGAAGGAAAAGUUGUUUCUAUGUGCGUAUAACGGCGCGUGUGAACGAUCUCUUUGGACAGGUUUUUGCAUUUGUUUCAACUCUCUUGUGCGCCUGUGCUUGUUGCAUGACGAGGCGGAGCAGAAGAGCAGAGUAGGGAAAAAUCAACAACACGAAUGGGGGGAAACCAGAAAAGCAUGCGAGGGACAACAAAAAAAAAUGGCAUUAAUUACCUUUCGAAUAUUUCUUACUUUCUUGCUCACGAUACGAAUGAGACUACGGGGAAGAGAUUAAAUGGGUCGAUGAGAACGACAUGAAAUACAAUCAAUACCCCUUUCACGUUUUCCAAUAGUAC